AGGCGUUACCAAACUCCGCAGCUGUCAGAUUCUGGUCUCAACAACAAAAAUAUCGAUUCCGUAAACACCAAAGACGGGAGAACGUCGUAAAUAUCUAAAAAAGAGAUGGGAUUCUAGCCUGCACAAAGUGCUGACAUUCACAUUGCCAGCCGUCUUCUGAGCAUUUGAGCAUCACAAUGGAGACCAUCAACAAGUAUGUGCUCAUCCAUGGGAAGAACAUAUCGCAUAAUACGCUGUCAGGCUCUGGAGUCGUGCCCCACAUGUCCAUCGACAAACUGUUUCCGGCUCUCCUCGAGUGCUUUGGCAUCAUAUUGUGUGGCUACAUCGCUGGCAGGGCCGAUGUCAUCACUGAGAGCCAGGCGAAGGGUUUGGGGAACUUUGUUUCCAAGUUUGCACUUCCUGCUCUGCUUUUUAAAAACAUGGUGCUGCUGGACUUUGGAGAUGUUAUCUGGGCAUUUUUCUGGAGCGUCCUCAUUGCAAAGGUGACGGUGUUUGGUCUGGUAUGUGUGCUGACACUGAUGGUGGCCAGUCCACACAGCAGAUACAGUAAGGCUGGUCUGUACUCUAUCUUUGCUACGCAGAGCAAUGACUUUGCCUUGGGAUAUCCUAUUGUUGACGCUUUGUACCGGAGUACGUAUCCAGAGUACCUCCAGUACAUCUACCUGGUUGCCCCAGUCUCCCUCAUGCUCCUUAAUCCCAUUGGCUUUGCUCUUUGUGAGGUGCAGAGGUGGAGGCUGACAGGCCAUCCACAUCGCAGCACGCUAGGCAUCCUGGGAGUUGUAGUACUUCAGGUUUUGAAGAACCCAAUAGUGUUCAUGGUGAUUAUAGGCCUCAUAUCCCACUUUGCACUGGGCCAGCAGAUCCCCGCUGUACUGUCAGAGUUCAUCGACAGCCUGGCAAAUUCGUUUGGGGGAGCGGCCUUGUUUUACCUCGGCCUCACUAUGGUUGGUCAGCUUAGAAAACUAACCAAAGACACUGGAGUGGCCUUAAUACUCCUCAUCACAGCCAAACUCCUGGUGAUGCCGUUGGUAUGUAAGGACCUAGUGAACAUUAUAGAUGUGGGCGUGAACAGCACGAGUGCUAACCACACCAGUUUGUCUAACUUUGCCUUCCUGUAUGGAGUCUUUCCAACCGCACCUAGUGUGGCCAUCUAUGCCGGACACUAUAACAUGGAGCUUGAGGUGGUAACGUCAGGGAUGGUCAUCAGUACAUUUCUGUCUGCUCCAAUCAUGUACGUGUCAGCAUGGUUACUGACCAUCCCUCUGAUGGAUCCCGCUCCACUGGUGGCAGAGCUUGAAAACAUUAGCUUCAAUAUUAGCAUUUUGAGCCUUGUUGCACUGGUGUGGACCAUAGCAGUGAUGUUGCUCAGCAGGAAAUUUAACAGACUCCCUCACCUCUUUGCCUUAAAUCUUUUUCUGGCUCAGUUCUUGGUGUGUAUCAGUAUGAUCCUGUGGAACUUUUUAGUGAGACAGGAGGACAAUCUGGUGGGUAAAAUCCUCACCUUCACUGUGCUCUAUGGAUCCCUCUACAGCACCUACAUUUGGACAGGUUUAAUCCCUCUUUGUCUGGCUCUGACUAACAGAGAUGAUCUGCUGAGACUCCGACCAGGGCUGUUCAUGGUUUUGGGAUGGGGUGUGCCAUUCCUGAUGGUAGGAGGUCUUCUGAUAGCUGGAGAGCGGACCGAUACCAUCGACUCUGCCUUCUUCUAUGGCAGAACUCAGAUUAUCAGCACAGCGGUGGUGCUGGCAGUCAGCUUGCUGCUCGGCGCCGUUUGUCUGAUGGGUCUCAGCCAGGGAGACAGGGACCAGAGAGGCUACCAGGUCCUGAACAGAACCACUGCAAUGGGCUUCAGUGAUGAGCUGAGGACACCUGCUGACAGGGAGGAUCCACAGAAUCCACAGAAUGGAACUUCAUCUGACUGCAGCCUAAACUCAGAUGGACAUAUUUGUUCUCCACCUCAGACCGUACCUGAUGUGACGGCGAGCACACAGGUGGCGCACACAAAUGACGCAGGCCACAGUUGGGUGCUGUGUGAUGGGCAGCAGGAGCGUUCCGCCUCCUCGGAGCAGCCGCUGAAUCUUCCUCCACCUGGGCUUCAAAUCCCCGACGAGAAACAGACAGUCAGACACGUGCUGCUCAGUUUGCUGCUCAUCGUCAGCCUGUUAGCGAACCUGUCCAGCUGUCUGUGGUGGCUCUUCAACGCUGAUCCAGGAAGACUUUACCUUGAGCUGCAGUUCUUCUGUGCGGUGGCAAACUACGGACAGGGUUUUCUUUCUUUUGGGAUCUUUGGUCUAGACAGACACCUCAUUAUCCUGCCCUUCAAGAAGAGGUUCCAAAGCCUGUGGCAGAGCAGAGAACCUGAAGAGCUGAAUCCAUCAGUAGUUCCAGAGGAAGUCCGACUCACCUGCACCCAGUUUGUCCGCUACCACAAAGACCAGUGUGUACAUGAUUUAGUGCACACACGCAGUGGCUCAGGGGAGAGUGUGAGUGCUUCGACGGGUGAAUCCUUCCUCUGAUAAUAACAGGUUUGGACCUGAUAACGAGGCUGUGAGACAUUCCCAUCGGCCUCGGCGCCAACCUUCACAUCACAACCUCCCCGUGGACCCGCGACAAAGAAAUCACAGCGUCCAAACCCGCUGUCUCCCGCACGAGUCAUGGAAUCUGCACCAGAGUCAGUUUUACAAUCCAGCUGAAUCCUGCACCCAAACAGUUUUUAAUUCCCAAACCGACACACAGACUGAGAACCAACACAGAGUGUUUAUUCCAUCGGAGCAGCCAGGAAACCAGCCUCCUCGUCUCCAACGUCCUCCUCAUCUUCACUCUCAUCUGGCAUUUCGGGGAAGUGACCUGGUAGACUGGCUGGUGGAGCGCGGCCUGUGUGCCGGUCAAACCGAGGCCCAGCUGUACGCUGUUUGUCUUCAGCGGGGAGGAGUGUUGGAGCAGCGCACAGGUCAGCACGCCGUGUUUUACUGCUUCGCCCAGGACACAGGACAAUCUCAGAAUGUGUGCGAGGAGAGAGUGGCUGAGGAGACUUGAGGAGGAGGAGGCACGAAGCAGCAACUUGAAGGUCAGUCCUGCAGGUCGGCUUGGCAGUUUGAUUGGCAGGUUUAUUUACUGUUGCUGCACAGCGUCAAAUAGAAACACGGGAGC